AGCCAGUGAGCCGGAGGCCCCGUCUUCCUCUUCUCUCCUCCGUCCUCCCCCUCCUUAUCUCCAGGGAGGAAAAAUAACCAAGAACGCACCUUUGUUCUCUCUCUCUCUCUCUCCUCGGAGGUUUGGGGGAGUUACUUCUAACCAUGGCAGGAACCCUGCUCCAGCCGGUUGCUCUUGGAACAACUUUCGCGGGCCGUGUAAGUGGUCAGCGAUGGAAGUCUCAUGGAACCAGGAGGCCUCCCUCAAUGUUGGCUAUGUCAUUGAGCCGCCCUGUUAAGAUGGCAGCAUUUGUUGGUCUGAGAUCAGUACAUAGCUUCUCAGUCAUGCCAGUCAGCAACUUCAGAUCGACGGUUGCAUCUUACAGAUCAAGACGGGGAAGGCGUACUCGUUUUGUAACCAGAUCGAUGUUUGAGAGGUUCACCGAGAAAGCUAUCAAGGUUAUAAUGCUUGCGCAAGAAGAGGCAAGGCGGUUGGGACACAACUUUGUCGGUACCGAGCAAAUUCUAUUGGGUUUGAUUGGAGAAGGCACUGGUAUUGCUGCUAAGGUGCUCAAGUCAAUGGGUAUAAAUCUCAAGGAUGCACGUGUGGAAGUGGAGAAGAUCAUUGGGAGAGGCAAUGGUUUUGUUGCUGUCGAAAUACCAUUCACACCACGUGCAAAACGUGUUCUGGAGCUUUCAUUGGAGGAAGCUCGUCAGCUAGGACACAACUAUAUUGGAUCUGAGCACUUGCUUCUUGGACUGCUCCGUGAGGGUGAAGGUGUAGCGGCCCGUGUGCUCGAAAGCCUUGGAGCUGACCCUAGCAAUAUUCGUACACAGGUUAUUCGAAUGAUUGGUGAGACAACAGAAGCUGUUGGUGCAGGAGUUGGGGGAGGGAGCAGUGGUAAUAAAAUGCCAACACUUGAGGAGUACGGAACUAACUUAACAAAAUUAGCAGAGGAGGGAAAGCUGGACCCUGUUGUUGGAAGGCAACCGCAGAUUGAGCGUGUCGUACAAAUUCUGGGGAGACGAACAAAGAACAACCCAUGCUUAAUUGGAGAGCCUGGUGUUGGAAAGACAGCAAUUGCAGAAGGCCUUGCGCAACGCAUUUCUACUGGUGAUGUGCCUGAAACAAUAGAAGGAAAGAAGGUCAUUACCCUCGAUAUGGGACUUCUUGUUGCUGGUACAAAAUACCGUGGCGAAUUUGAAGAAAGAUUAAAGAAGCUGAUGGAAGAAAUCAAGCAGAGUGAUGAGAUAAUACUAUUCAUUGAUGAGGUCCACACUCUCAUAGGAGCAGGAGCAGCUGAGGGUGCUAUUGAUGCUGCUAACAUUUUGAAGCCAGCAUUAGCAAGAGGAGAAUUACAGUGUAUUGGAGCCACCACGCUCGAUGAAUACAGGAAGCAUAUUGAGAAAGACCCAGCAUUAGAAAGACGUUUCCAGCCUGUAAGAGUGCCAGAGCCAACAGUUGAUGAAACCAUAGAAAUUCUCAGAGGGCUUCGGGAACGAUAUGAGAUCCAUCAUAAACUUCGUUACACUGAUGAUUCUUUGAUUGCUGCUGCGAAGCUAUCUUAUCAGUACAUUAGUGAUCGUUUCCUCCCAGAUAAAGCAAUUGACUUGAUUGAUGAAGCAGGUUCACGUGUAAGGCUUCGACAUGCCCAGGUCCCUGAAGAAGCUAGAGAGCUUGACAAGGAGCUCAAGCAAAUCACAAAAGAUAAGAAUGAAGCUGUUCGUAGCCAGGACUUUGAAAAGGCUGGAGAGCUGCGUGAUCGUGAAAUGGAAUUGAAGGCCCAGAUAACAGCGCUCAUUGACAAGAGCAAGGAGAUGAGCAAGGCAGAGACUGAAUCAGGGGAGACAGGGCCACUGGUCAAUGAAGCAGACAUCCAGCACAUUGUAUCAUCAUGGACUGGUAUCCCAGUAGAGAAAGUCUCAAGUGACGAGUCCGAUAAGCUUCUGAAGAUGGAAGAGACUUUGCACACGCGUGUAAUUGGUCAAGAUGAGGCUGUGAAAGCCAUCAGUCGCUCCAUCCGGCGUGCUCGUGUCGGCCUCAAGAACCCGAACAGGCCAAUCGCGAGCUUCAUCUUUGCAGGUCCAACCGGUGUUGGUAAAUCCGAGCUUGCAAAGGCGCUCGCGGCUUAUUACUUUGGCUCCGAGGAGGCCAUGAUCCGGCUUGACAUGAGUGAAUUCAUGGAGAGGCACACUGUAUCCAAGUUGAUUGGAUCACCCCCAGGGUAUGUUGGUUACACUGAGGGUGGACAGCUGACGGAGGCAGUUCGACGCCGGCCAUACACCGUUGUGCUCUUCGACGAGAUUGAAAAGGCGCAUCCAGAUGUGUUCAACAUGAUGCUCCAGAUCCUGGAAGAUGGAAGGCUAACUGACAGCAAGGGGAGGACAGUGGACUUCAAGAACACCCUCCUCAUAAUGACAUCGAAUGUCGGGAGCAGCGUCAUCGAGAAGGGCGGGCGAAAGAUCGGGUUCGACCUCGACUACGACGAGAAGGACAGCAGCUACAGCAGGAUCAAGAGCCUGGUCGUCGAGGAGAUGAAGCAGUACUUCCGCCCCGAGUUCCUGAACCGCCUCGACGAGAUGAUCGUCUUCAGGCAGCUCACCAAGCUGGAGGUGAAGGAGAUCGCCGACAUUAUGCUCAAGGAGGUCAUUGACAGGCUCAAGGCCAAGGACAUUGCCCUCCAGGUCACCGAGAAGUUCAAAGAACGGGUCGUCGACGAGGGGUAUAACCCGAGCUACGGCGCGAGGCCGCUGAGGAGGGCCAUCAUGAGGCUGCUGGAGGACAGCCUCGCGGAGAAGAUGCUGGCUGGGGAGGUGAAGGAGGGCGACUCCGCCAUUGUUGAUGUGGAUUCGGAGGGGAAGGUGGUCGUCCUGAAUGGCCAGAGUGGGUUGCCGGAGCUUUCAACCCCGGUCGUCACUGUGUAGUAGUACUAGUUGAUAACUGCAGAGUGUUGAAAAGAUGCAGUCUUUUUCAUUUCAGAUACAUUUCUCCAUAGUUAGCAACUUAGCAGAACUGUAUAUAUAGCAUCAUAUAAACUUGGUUCUCAUUUUUAAAAUGCAUUUUAUUGUCUUCCUGGUUCUCAUUAUUAUGUUAUG